UCUAUAGCUCUAUGGAUAUAUUGUUCUUUAUCUAUGGAGCAUAUACAAAUAGUUAAAAUAAUUUAAAAAUAUUAAAAUUAUUAGAUAUUCGCAAUGUUUACACGUUCAAGAUCGUUAUUAACUAAAACUCUUCCGUUACGAUAUUUUCUAAAGCCGGAUUUGCAAAAUGAAACUCGUUUUGUAUAUAAUAUCGCCUUAACUAGAUACCGAUCUACUACUCCUCUCAAUACUAUUGUAAUGUUUGUUCCCCAACAAGAGGCCUGGGUAGUCGAACGCAUGGGUAAAUUCCACAGAAUACUGGAGCCAGGAUUGAACUUGCUGUGGCCAAUUGUGGAUAAAAUUAAAUAUGUUCAGAGUUUAAAAGAAAUAGCAAUUGAUGUACCAAAACAAAGCGCAAUCACAUCAGAUAAUGUAACAUUAAGUAUUGAUGGAGUGUUAUACCUUCGUAUUAUUGAUCCAUAUUUGGCUUCCUAUGGAGUUGAAGAUCCUGAGUUUGCCAUCACACAACUAGCACAAACAACAAUGAGAUCAGAACUUGGUCAAAUAUCAUUAGAUAAAGUGUUUAGGGAGAGAGAAUCUUUAAAUGUUUCCAUAGUCCACGCUAUAAACAAAGCUAGUGAAGCUUGGGGAAUUACAUGUCUCAGAUAUGAAAUACGUGAUAUAAAGUUACCGUCGCGCGUACACGAAGCAAUGCAAAUGCAAGUGGAGGCAGAAAGGAGAAAGAGAGCAGCCAUUCUAGAGUCAGAGGGAGUCCGGGCUGCAGAUAUCAAUGUCGCCGAGGGAAAACGACAAGCUAGAAUACUAGCAUCAGAGGCCGAAAAACAAGAACAGAUCAACAAAGCCUCUGGUGAAGCACAAGCGAUGCUGGCCGUCGCAGAAGCGCGGGCGCGCGGCCUCAAGCUCGUCGCUAAUGCACUUGCCGACAGGGAUAGCAAACACGCUGCGUCACUGACACUAGCCGAGCAGUAUGUUUCUGCAUUUAACAAGCUUGCUAGGACAAACAACACAUUGAUCUUGCCUGCAAAUGCGGGCGAUGUGUCCAAUAUUGUUGCUCAGGCUAUGUCAAUAUAUUCAACUGUGACCGCGCACAACGCCCAGUCCAUACAAAGUCAGUCAACUGACACAGAAGUAGAUUAUGAUGAUCCUCUAGUCAAAUUAAACGCGCUAACAGAAAGAGGAUCAACAAUGGCAGGUCAAGCUAUGCCCAAAGAAGACGACAGUCUCUCGGAAUAUUUUUCAGAUGAUGAAGAAAGAGAAAAAGCACUGCAAGCGCAAAAGGAGAAGAAAGAUCAGCAUUUACAAAAGCUCGAUAGGGAUACGUAGAAAUGUUAAGUAGUGCAUAUUUAUUGUUAAAUAAAAUUACUUGAAAAUAUA